AUGCCGCAGCUCAGGCGUGUCGGCCCUAGCCUAAGCCUCAUAUCGCUCCGGGAGAGGUUUCUCGCCAGCGAAGCCGCGCCACCGCCGAAAUCGCUGGAUGCGGAGGUUAAAGACAACGAGACAGCCGAAUAUGAGAUCGAGGUGCCCUUGAAUCCUACUGACUCUUCUACUGACUCUACCUACGUCAACGUGGAAACUGUCAAGAUGAACUGCCCUGUCUGUCACAAACACCUCACCGAGAGCAUGGGUGUCAACUGCGCGAACUGCGUGAACAACCUGCUCUACAAUUGUCGCUUUGACCUUGCCAGAGUCCUGCUCGAGAAAGAGUCCCUCGGAAAGAAAGUAGAAGCCAUCGUUGGCUCGGAGCCUGAGAAGCCGCUGGAUGAAGAGACUGCGAGACUCAGAAAGGCCUGGCAGACACAGCAAGAAAAGAUCGAAGAACAGCGGGUGAAGGAGCAAGAAGAAGAUAUGCGGCGCGAGCUCGUCAUCAAGCAGAAAGAACUGCAUGAGAAGAAAGACCUUGCGCAGGCUUUGAGAAAGAACCUAGAAGAACGAAGAGCCAACCUCGCCGCCGCAAAAGAGGCUCAGACCAAGAAUCACAAGAAAAAGGUGGAAGAGCUCAAGGAGAAUAACGAGAAGUUAAAGGCACAAUAUGAUGCUCUUCAUGAGAAGACUGUCGACACUCGAGCCAUUCUCUGUCGUGAAGCUGCUAGUCUGCUGAGGCUUCAUCACUCCAAGAAGAAGUUCAAAGAUGGUACAUUCAAGGACCGCCACUAUACUGCUGGUCUCUUAUUGCCAGACUUGAAAGAGAUCAACAAUAUGCGAUGCGCUGAACUCACUGCAGCACUUGGGAAUGUCACUCGACUCGUUUUCCUCUGCUCCUUUUACCUUGGCAUCAGACUCCCCGCUGAAAUCACUCUGCCUCAUCGAGACUACCCACUCGCAACCAUCAAUACUCCACUUACCUCGUACCUUGGACAACGCAUCACCUUCCCCGGCAGUGGCUCGAGUCUCUCUGCGCCCGGCAGUCCCACCGCCUCUAGAAUGGACCUCAGCUCGUCUCCGAAACCCCGUCCUCUCUACAUCGGCUCCGAUGACUACAACGAAUCUGUCGCUCAAUUUGCCAAGAAGGAACCCCUGGCGUUCAGCUAUUUCAUCGAAGGCGUUUCUCUCCUAGCUUGGGAUGUCGCAUGGCUUUCUCGUACUCAAGGCUUCGUUGCAGGCACCGAAACGUGGGAAGACAUCUGUGACAUUGGUCACAACUUGUUCCAAAUGAUCUUAGCUCCUACACAAUCUACCGCCGCUCGAGUCUUCGCCCAACGCAACGCUCUCAACCAUCACCGCCGAUCCCAGAGCACAUCGUCGCCAGUCACUGAUGAUAAGGACAACGCCUUCCCAGCACGUCUCGGUUCCUAUUCCCACAACUCGGCGCACACAUUCCUCGGGUCUUCUGCCGCGGCCGGGGAUAAUCCAUCCCGUCACUGGCGCCUGAAUCGAUACUCCAUGAUCUCUGACCCCUUGAAGAAGCACCUCAUCACAGAAAUGAACAAUGCUGAAUGGGAACUGUUGGACCAACAGGAAUGGAACGAUGGGGGCGAGAAGAUGGAUGAGGCCGUCUUCAUAAAGACCCGGCCGAUGGACGGAAAGGAAUAUGACGAUGCGAGAAGCAUCAUGACGCCCGGUGGAGAGGAGGAAGGUGCCAGGGCCAAGGGGACGAGUGGCUGGACCAAGCUCAAGAACAGAGAGAAGGCAUAG